UGGAGCAAUCGUAGACCAUUUUCAUUGAAAUCCACGAAGAUCCUCCAAAUAUUCUUGUUGAAGUUGCCUCUGCACCAGUAUUAACUUUCCAUUUUUUUCGUCAAAUUCACUGCUUUUUCACAAAUCAAUCACUUGAAUCAGAACAAACCAAGUGGAAUUCUGUUUAGUUAAUUGAUAUCGAAAGGAAAUGUCGGAAGUGACGUGCUGUGAGACGGAAUUCUUUCUGUAUUUGAUGGUAAUCGUCGGUCUGGUAGCGUUUGCAGGGAUGAUGGCAGGUCUAACGCUAGGACUCAUGUCGCUUGGACUCGUCGACCUUGAAGUUCUCAUCCAGUCCGGUCGCCCUAAAGAUCGCAUACAUGCUUAUCGACUCGGAUUGUUACUGCUCUCCUCCGAGGAAUUGAAAUUUUCUGUUAUUUUGGUGAUUUUUGAUGAACAAUCGAUUCUAAAAGAGCAACCUGGACAAGUAAUUGAAUCUAAAAUAUUCCCAGUGGUAAAGAAUCAACAUCUACUGCUUUGUACACUCUUAAUUGGCAAUGCUUUAGCAAUGGAGUCUCUUCCAAUUUUUCUGGAUAAACUUGUUCCUCCAUGGGCUGCAGUUCUGAUAUCAGUGACAUUAAUCCUGAUGUUUGGAGAGAUAAUGCCACAAGCAGUUUGUACACGUUAUGGCUUAACAGUUGGAGCAACACUUGCACCUUUUGUUCGUGUCCUCUUAUGGUUGUUCUUUCCUAUUGCUUAUCCUAUUAGCAAGGCUCUAGAUUGGAUGUUGGGAAAAGGGCAUGCUGCCCUUCUUCGUAGGGCAGAGUUGAAAACUUUUGUGGAUUUUCAUGGCAAUGAGGCUGGAAAAGGAGGAGAUUUGACACAUGAUGAAACUACCAUUAUUGCUGGAGCACUUGAGUUGACUGAAAAAACUGCAAAAGAUGCCAUGACUCCUAUAUCCAAAGCAUUUUCCCUUGAUCUUGAUGGAACUCUUACUUUGGAUACAUUAAAUGCAAUUAUGACAAUGGGUCACAGUAGAGUUCCUGUUUAUUCUGGAGACAGAACAAAUAUCAUUGGAAUUAUCCUGGUUAAGAAUCUGUUAGCAGUUGAUCCAGAUGAUGCAGUUCCCAUUAGAAAAAUGUUAUUAAGAAAAGUUCCAAGGGUUACAGACAACAUGCCUCUUUAUGAUAUAUUAAAUGAAUUCCAAAAAGGGCAUAGUCAUAUUGCUGUUGUAUACAAAGACCUCAAAAAAUCCAAGGAAACAGAGAAAACUGCCAACAAAGCAAGUUUAGAUGACGUGGAAAGUGAUGGAGAUGAGAAUAUUGUAAAGAGAAGUCCACCUUCAACUCCUGCUUUUAAGAAGAGACAUAGAGGUUGCUCUUUUUGUAUAUUGGAUUUGGAUUCGAAUCCGAUUCCAAAGUAUCCAUCAAAUCAAAUUGUGGUUGGAGUGAUUACAAUGGAAGAUGUUAUUGAAGAGCUUCUUCAGGAGGAGAUAUUGGAUGAAACGGAUGAAUAUGUAAACAUCCACAACAGAAUACGGAUCAAUAUGAAUGCAUCACAAGAGAACCUUCUGGAUCCCCAUCCCACAGCAAAAUGAGAAAAGGUAAAAUAUAGAAUCCGGUAAUUUGUACUUAAUGCAGUAAAAGUUGUGCAUUACUACCAUUAAAGUAGCUUGACAAAACAAAACCAACUACUUUUGUUUUAUAUGAUAUUAAAAGGGGAAAUAUAGUGGUUUAUCGUAUUGUAUUGUAAUGUAGAGGGUUAAAUUCUUUUGGAUU